GCAGGUCGGCACGCAACGCAGUCCUCCACCACCACCACCCAGCUCGCUCGUCUGUGUCGUCGUCGCUAGGCAUGCCGACGGUAAAUAUCGUGGAGGUCGGCCACGUGGUGGUACCACAACCGGAGGACCUGGUAAUCAGGCUAUCCGCGCUGGACGCGCCGUGGGUGGCGAACCCGCUAAUCCAGCGCGUGCUCCUCUUCGUCGAUGACGCCGGCGGCCAGCAGCACCCGCCCUUCGAGUCGCUCGUGGGCUCCCUCCGUGCGUCCCUCGCGGCCACGCUCGCGCGGCUGCCCCCGCUGGCCGGGAGGAUCGUCUUCCUGCCGUCCACCGGCGACGCCGCCAUCGACUGCUCCGGUCCCGAGGGAGGAGGCGGCGUGCCGUUCGUCGUGGCGGAGAGCGACGACGCGGACGCGCGGCGGCUCGCGGGGGACGCGGACCACGACGUGGGCACGUUCGAGGCGCUCGUCCCGAAGCUCGAGGUGGAGGCGCUCCCAGCGGAGGUGCUGGCGGUGCAGGUCACGCGGCUCAAGGGCGGCGUGGCGGUCGGCGUGGCACUGCACCACGCCGUCGUCGACGGCCGGUCGGUGUGGAUGUUCCUGCAGGCGUGGGCCGCGGCCUGCCGCGGCGAUGAUGAUGCUGCCGUGGCUGCCGUAACAUUUGACCGCGCGGUGGUCGCCAUCCCCGGCGGCGAGGAGCUCGCGAGGAGCACGCUGCGGAAGUAUGCGCCCAAUCUGCCGCUGG